AUGUGGACAGUGGAGGCGGAUGCGGCGUGUGUAGAUUGGUGGUUCGCCAGUCUCUGUGCAGUGGAUUCGCAAGUGGCCGAGCAGGCCGACGUGUCAGGUGAAGGUUCGAUCGCAAUAAGGAGAGGAAUAGACCAGGUCCUCAUCACUAGCGUUUACGGUAGUGGUGUUGGUGUUUGCUGGUGUAUGAGGAUUGUGUGUAGUGUCGAUUGGCACGACAGACGCCACAGCGGUAGACGUUGAGGCGGUGGAGGAGGAGGAGGAGGAGGAGGAGGAUGAGGUGGAGGAGGAGGAAGAAGAAGAAGAAGAAGAAGAAGAUGUUGACGACGACGACGACGACGACGACGACGACGACGACGACGACGACGACGACGACGACGACGACGACGACGACGACGAUAGUGGUGGCUUGGAAGGGCAGUCGACAUUAGUUGAUGGCGUGGGAGCCGAGGGAGAGGUGGAAGGAGAGACGGCGACUGGUGUAGUCCGGGUGCUGCAGCUGGUCCAACAAGUCUAA